AUGCCACAGCCAAAAACCCCCGAAUCGAAUACCCCCGAGCGUCAAUUGGCAUUGGAAUUAGGCAGCGCGACAAGAGAAGCAGAAAUAGAUAUGGGCCCGGAAUCUAGUUUCAUGGAUGAAGAUAUCCUCGAACCUGACCUUCCUCCGACGCCAACACAACUAGGCCUGGAAAAGGCCCCGGAUCGACCCAGAGGGAUGUUAAGUAGUAGCCCUAGCAGGCGACAGGAGAAACGAGCGAAACGGCGAAUCGCCAAUUCAUUGCAUGAAAGCCCACUUAAGGCAGUAAAUUUUCAAUCUUCUCCUCUGGAGGACUCGGAGAUGGCUGCAAACCUGGGUGGAGUUUCAGCGGCUGUUCGCGAGAAACGCAAUUCACGCGAGAAAAGCGCAGCGGAUUUGCGACAGCUGAGAAUUGAAGUUGAAGAACUGGAAACAUGGGCAAAGAAAAUCGAGUCCAAUCCUGACUUGGAAGGUGACAUCAGAGGACUCGACAAAUUCCUGUCUUUACUCACAUCGGAAGAGGCGAAUCUCGCAAGUCUUCCAGUGCCCCGAACAGCGCCUCAAUCAAUUUCAUCCCUCCUCGCCACUUUGCUCCCGUUCUCCGCCAAUACCCCUCGCCUAAAACGUGAACUACCAUCGCUACCAACAAACCCAUUUGCCCUGCAAGAAGCUUCUCAAUCACUGCCGUACCUGACAGCUUUUGCACCCUUGAGCCUCAAAACCCGCACAACACGAUCGUCACGUGGGGAGGAGCUAUCAGAAACACACACUUUGACAUUUUCUCCCCCACCUCCAUUCCCAGCAAGCUUAUACAAUGUGACGGUUGUCUAUGAGACAAACCCCGAGACCCAGUCUUUGACUUCCGUGUCAGUAUCCACUGGCAGCGACAGCAAGAAAAGAAAAGCCCCCGAAGCCCUCCGCCGAUGGAUUGAUACCCGCUUAGAGAACCCUCUCUUGAAACUAGACGCGGCAACUCUAUGCUGGGGCAUCAACCGGUACUGGGAAUCUGCAAUAACCCGCGCUCGUUUGUGGGCACAUAUUGACCACAAGUACGGCCCUCGAGCCUCGCAGGGCAGAAAGGAUGCUGCCUUGCAAAGCAAGAACGGUGUUAUCACACUUUCUGAACUGCGACGAUUGGUCCCACAUUUUGAUCGGAGUGCUAUGGUGAUCAAACCUAAGUCGUCUAACUCCAGUCCCCGAGUACUUUUGUCCAAUGCCUUGGUGUUGGAUGAGUGGACCGGAGAGCCUCAGCUGCGGCCUGAGAUCAGCGUGUCGAUCCAUGGGGUAGAUAAGAAAAUUGACCAGGAGGCGAAGAAGCUUUUCCAUGCUUUGCUACGUGAGGAUGGUGUUUUCGUCGCGCGAGGUGUGGAGGGUAGUAUCCAUGUUGAUGCGGUGAUAAGGGCGACUGAGGGUGCUCUUGGUGCUUUGUUCGGUGGUCUUUAA